CUCAUUACAACACAAACAACGUAUCUCAUACUCUAAUUGAUUUCCAAAAUCUGAAACCAAACAACAUUUGAUUUUGAUUCAGAGGUUGAAGAAGCUCACACCAUGAAAUCCAUCUUCCUUCUCUUUCUCUUCUCAGCCCUCCUUCCCCUUUCCACUCAAUCCAUUGACUCCAAAAACCUAAACAUUCCACCUUCCUCUGCCCAUGCUCGCCUCGCCGAUUACGGAUUCCCCUUCGGCCUUCUUCCCUCCGCCGUCUCCACCUACACCAUUAACGAGACCUCCGGUGACUUCUCUUUGGACCUCGGUGAUUCCUGCAAGUUCACGCUUCCUCCAGACAACUAUGUGGCUUCCUUUUCUAGGGUUGUAACUGGUAAGAUUGCAAAGGGUCGGAUCCACAAUCUUGAUGGGAUUCGUGUUCGGGCUUUGUUCCAGUGGUGGUCGAUUACUGGUAUUAGGUCCACCGGCGAGGAUUUGGUUUUCGAGGUUGGGUUGAUCACUGCGAAGUACCCGUCUAAGAGUUUCAACGAGAGCCCAGUGUGUGAAGGCCGUCGGUCUUCUUCGUAAGAGGGGCAUUCAUUCACUUCAAGGAUAGAUGAACUUAGUGGAUAAUGCAUAUCAUUUUAUGCUGGUUCUUUUAAAUGAAAGGUAAACCUUCUACAUAUUCUGGCUAUGUGAUGAACUAUAUACUUUGUAAUUUGUAUAUAUUUUAGUUCUGCGGAUUGUAACACUUGCUACUUCUAGUUCUGGAUUAAUACUCUUUUAAUUAAUAAGGUUAGUACUUGAUUA